AUGUCGGAAGAGUCAGACAAAGAUGAACAGCUCACAGAUCGAACAACCAGUGAUGAAGAUGAGUUGAAUGGUGAUUCCCAUAAGAAAUUUGUAAGUGAAGAACUCCGUCGAUGUGCACUAUUUCCAGAUACUACAAGUGACCAGUAUUUACCUCGGACUACACAGAUUUUGUUGGAAUAUCAGCUGGGGAGAUGGAUCCCACGUCUUCGUGAGCCCCGAGACCUAUAUGGUGUCUCAUCAUCUGGUCCACUGAGUCAAACACGAUGGCCAUGCCACUGUGAAGUAGUACAAGACAAAAUCCUGCACAUUGAUUGGGCUCCUCCCUGCCCUGAGCCAUUGUAUGUCUCAGCAGGUGAUGAAUUGGCACCCCAUUAUCCAGACUCUUCUCAAGGCACUGUGGUUUAUCUAGGUGAUGAGGCUUAUAAAGACCGCUGUUUCAUGUAUUCUCGAAUAGGAGGUAUCAGAUCUCUUCAGAAGGCAUCAGAAAUUCUACCUGUGGAGGACUGGGAGAACACUUUGAUAUUUGAAGCCAGGUUUGAGAGUGGUAAUCUGCAAAAGGUGGUCAAAGUUACUGAUCAUGAAUAUCAGUUGACUGUACGCCCUGAUCUCUUCACAAAUAGACAUACCCAAUGGUACUACUUUCAAGUGACCAACACCCAAGCAGGGAAACCCUAUCGUUUCACCAUUGUCAACCUUGCUAAGUCAGAUAGUCUGUAUAAUCAAGGCAUGCGCCCACUCUUCUACUCUGAAAAAGAGGCCAAGAUCAACAAUAUUGGCUGGAAGAGAACAGGAGAUCAAAUCAAGUAUUAUAGAAACAAUACAGGGCAAGAGGGGCGUCAUUCUUUCUCUCUUACAUGGACAUUCCAGUUUCCAUAUGACAAAGAUACGUGUUACUUUGCUCAUUGUUACCCAUACACAUAUGCCAACCUGCAAGAAUACCUUUUAGGUAUCGCUAAUGACCCAGUCCGGUCACAGUAUUGUAAAAUUCGUGUGCUGUGCCACACACUUGCUAGGAACAUGGUAUACGUUUUAACUAUUACUACCCCUUUGAAGAUUAUUGAAUCAAGAAAGCGUAAGGUGGUGAUUUUGACAGCAAGGGUACAUCCAGGAGAAACCAAUAGUUCUUGGAUCAUGAAAGGCUUCCUAGAUUAUAUCCUGGGAGAUUCAAGUGAUGCCCAGCUGCUCCGGGACACUUUUAUCUUCAAGGUGAUACCUAUGCUGAAUCCAGAUGGUGUGAUUGUGGGAAAUUAUCGAUGUUCCUUAGCUGGACAGGAUUUAAACCGUUGCUACACAUCUGUCCAAAAGGACUCUUAUCCUUCUGUUUGGCACACCAGGAAUAUGAUCCGUAGAUUAAUGGAAGAUCGGGAAAUUCUCUUAUACUGUGACCUUCAUGGCCACAGUAGGAGAGGGAAUAUUUUCAUGUAUGGCUGUGAGGAUAGUGAUGAAGAUAAAGAGCAGUGCUUAGAGCAACGAAUAUUUCCAUUUAUGCUGAGCAAGAAUUGUCCAAACAAAUUUUCAUUCUCAUCUUGUAAAUUUGAUGUUCGGAAGAGCAAAGAAGGGACAGGAAGAGUAGUUAUAUGGAAAAUGGGAGUCCAAAACAGCUUUACCAUGGAGGCUACUUUUUGUGGAUCUACUCUUGGUGAUAGACGAGGUACCCACUUCAACACAAAAGACUUGGAGUCUAUGGGAUACCAUUUUUGUGAUUCUCUUUUAGAUUAUUGUGAUCCAGACCAAACAAAGUAUUAUCAAUGCAUGAGAGAAUUAGAAGAACUGGACAGACAGCAAUCAGGCACAGCAAACCUGGAAAAACCAUCUUAUGAUUCAGAUAUUUCAAGCAUAGAUGCUCCAAUAGAUCCAGAUUCCAGUGAUGAAUCUGACAUUUCAGAGACCAAUGAAAUUCCACCUUUUCUCAGAGAAACUUCUCAGUUAAAAACUAAGGAAAACAAUGUAAGAACAAACCCAGAAAGACAUUUUAGACCGUUCCAGAAAAAUCCUAGGGAUGAACAAGAGAAUAAAGUAAAAGAAUCGGAAGUUAUUCCUCUAAACCAGGAAUCAGAAAGGAAAAAUGCAAAAAACCAAGGAAUGAAUAUUUUGGAACUCACUGGAAAGCAAAUGACUUUAUUUUCUCAUUUUGGAGAUGAACCAUUAUUCCAGAAACUACAAAACCAAAAGGUUGAGAGCAGGGGAAACAUUCAGCAAAGGCCUAAGGAAACAAACUCCCAAGCAAAAGGUGCUGUGCAAGAUGAGUUUACAUUUGACUAUUUCAAAUGCUGUUUCCCUCAGGAAGUAAAGAUACAAGAAAUUGUUCCACCCUGGUUACUUUACAGAUAUUUCAGGUCCUCAGGAAAGUUACUGCUCUGGAAGGUUGGAGAAAGGAGCAGGAUGGUGAUGAUGGCCCUAAAGUCCAAAGGCUGCCGGCUGUUCUUGGCCCCGAGCAUCGCUCUCCUCAAUACUGCAGUGAUUUCCCUGCUGCUUUAUGCCCUGCUCUGGAAGUCAGGCAACCUCAUUGACCUACCCACCAAGAAAAUUGGCUUCUACAACUUCUGCCUAUGGAACGAGAGUUCCAGUUCUGUCCUGUGUCAUCAGUUCCCCGAGCUGGAGAAGCUAGGGGUAUCCCAGAGUGGCCUUGCCCUAGCGAGGUUGGGCGUCUAUGGGGCCCUGGUCCUCAUUCUCUUUGCCUCGCUGUCUCUUCUGCUGGUCGGGUGCCCUGGUAAUGAGGAUAAGUGGAAGCUGGUGGUGGUGUUUCUGGGGGCUUCUGCAGUCCUGCUGCUCCUUGGACUUCUGCUCUUCCUCUCCUACAUCUGUCGGUGGAUCCAACCUUCAGAGCUGGGUGCUGAGUUUCUAGCCCUGGUUGGGGCAGAAGUCAUGUUACUACUUCUGCUUCUUAUCAUCGUCAGACACUCCCUUGAUGAUUUAGGAGAGAGACAGGCCUUCACCCUAGGAGAAUCAUUUCCAAGGAUCAGUGAAAAUGAGGAAAUCUAGGAAGAGUAAAAUUAGAUUAACUCUUCUCCAUACCUAUCUCUUGGGUCUUUCCCUCCUUCCACAAAAUAAGUGUGAGAAAACCUUUUUGUUGUUUUUCUGUCAUGUACAACUCUUUGUGACAUCUUUUGGGGUUUUCUCAGCAAAGAAAUUUAUUCAUUUUACAGUUGAGGAAAUGCAGGCAAACAGGAGAAAGUGCCUUAUCCAGGGUUGCACAGCUAGUAGGUGUCUGAAACCAGAUUCAACUUAGGAAGAUGAGUCUUCUUGAUAUCAGGCCUGACACUCUAUCCACAGUACCAUCUUAGCUGUCCACAGAAGGGUUUUAGAUGGGUGGAGCAAUAAAGGCACCUGGAGAAUGGAAUUCAUUCUAACUCUCCUUUAGAAAUUGGAUUCCUCCAUUCUGGAUGGCUAUUUGGAACUAUGCUCAAUGGGCUUUAAAAGAUGGUCUGCCUUUUGAUCCAGCCAUACUCCUGCUGGGUUUA